UACUCAUCGACCAACGCGCUCCGCUAAACUCGACUUACGACCCCUGUGCUUGACUCCCCUUCCAACCGCUGAUAUUUAUGUAACUACGUUCAAUGUUAGAUAACUAAAGAAGUACAACUAUAAUCCCUGAUACACAGCCGAGCGACCGUGGUGGAGAGACAACGCUGAACCAAUCUAGCAUUGAAAUACUAGAUUUCACUCACGUAUCCUUUGCAAAGACUGCCGCCAACGAACACACAGAACUCUCAUCGGAGGUAUUUACUUUCGCCAUGGAAGAGGAGACACGGCAUGAACCCUUCCCGUUCGACGAGAACGUUGUAUCCUGCAAGUCAUCAUUCUUCAAGAAACCAAACGCACCACUGUCUCUUCCAACACCGACAGAAGUGAGAGAAGUGGCGAGUCGCUCCGAAAACCCUAGAGCUAAGCUCAUAACUCGGCCUCCGCCUGUAGCAUUUCCUGGUAUAGGGCUGUUAGUGAAAUAUGGGACGGAGGUAACACUUGCUGAAGGGCAGUGUCUGCUGUUCAUCCGCAACACUCUAUCUAGAGUCGUACCUGUUCCAGAGGUGUAUGGGUGGUGCAAGGACGGCAAUCAAGUAUUCAUUUAUAUGGAGUUAGUCGACGGCAUAACGUUAGAGAAGAGCUGGGACACUAUGAUUGAAGGAGAAAAGACGUCCGUUUGUCAACAAUUGCAUGACAUGGUCGAUGCAUUGGGCAGUAUUAAGCAGGACUUCUUCAUUGGUAGUUUAACUUCGUGAGGUUAAUCUGAAAGCCCCAAUCGCCCCAGUCUACCAUCAAGACUUGUACAACCUUGGUCUAAUUCUUUGACCAGG